AUGAGUUCUAGUUCUGAAAACUUCGAUAUCUCAACUGUCGACGAUUCUCAAGACAAUAGCUCAACUGUUACCGGAGGCUCAAGCACCUCAAGUUCUGCCGAUUCCUUUGGAACGGUUAAACAAUCUUUGUCAGAUCCUAAGUCUUUGGACGAUCAACCUGGUCCAUCUGAUAACCCCGAGUCUUCGAUACUCAAUCUCAAAAUGUCAGAAAAUACUGAUUCACGAGUUUUCGGUGACUCUAUUCAAAAAUACUCUCAGAUUAUGACAAAUGCGCUUAGUAAAUACAAAGUAUCAGAUGAUCUAACUGAUGAAAACUAUACCGAGUGGAGUCAGUCGUUGAUGGAGGUGUUCCGUUCUCUGGAGCUUCAUCAAUAUGUCAAAACAAAAGAUUUUCAAAAAUCAACUCUCACUCCUGAAGAGCAAGAAAAGACGCGAUUCAAUCUUACCACCUACAUCUUAAAUCGCUUGGACUCAGUCAAUAAAGUCAGAACUCGAAACCGACUGACUGAUCCCGAAGAUCCUUCCGAACUGAUCUAUGAUCCAUACUUGUGCUGGAAUUUUCUUAAGGAAUAUCACAACCGCAUCUCCGAAGAUAAAUUGGAAACUGUUACUCGCGCUCUGUACUCAUGUCAAAUCAUCAAGACAGAUUCUCUCUCAUCCUUUGUGGAUAAAUUUGAAAACUUGAUUUGUGAAUUUUAUCGCCUGAAGGGCGAAUUGUCUGAUGCGCAGUCGGCGCGAAUGUUACUGGGCGCUAUUCCCGCACUCGAAAAACUGUUGGUCGAAACCUGA